AAUUUUUCCCCUUAGGAGAAACGACGUGGUUCAUUGUUUUUUGGCUGUUCUUUUUUAUUUAAUCUUUUAUCUCGCUCUUUGUAUUUCCCAGAUUGACGAUCAAAAAAGUUCAUUACUUCCCCUCUUUUCCAAACCUAGUAGCGGAGAGAGAGAGACACACCCAAAGUUGGAGAAAGCGAUCUUCCCCAAAUUGAGCUGCCCCAAAUCGAGCAUCCGAAGAUUGAUGAUCUCAAGCAUUGCCUUUUUGCUCAGGUGAUUAAGGUUCAUUAAGGUGCUCAUAUGUAUAGUUCUAAUGGAUAAGUCUUGGAUUCACAUAAAGAAUAGGCUAGACCCAGCAUAUGUACAAGGGGUAGAAAAUUUCAUUGAGUUUGCUUAUGCAAAUAAGCUUCUGGAGGCAAAGAUAUAUUGCCCGUGCAAGAAAUGUGUUAACCUCAAAUUUGAGACAAGAACUGGUGGAAAAGAACAUAUAAUUAUUAAUGGGUUUGACACUAAAUAUACAAGAUGGACAUAUCACGAGGAGUUGUCGGCUUCAUCUAGUGGAAGUGCAAUGGAUGUAAAUCAUAAAUCUGAUUUUAUGGAUGAUAUGGUUGGUUUGGUACAUGAUGCAUUUGGAAUUCCAAGACAAGAAGGUGACCUUAGCGAUGCUGAAAUGAUAAAUGGUGUGGGGCUUGGGCUUGAUGAGAAGACCAAGAAGUUUUUCAAACUCCUAGAAGAUGCAAAACGUGAGUUGUAUCCGGGUUGCAAGACCUUUACAACUCUCUCGUUUAUUAUGAGGUUGAUGCACAUAAAAGUACUUAAUGGUAUUACCGAUAAAGCAUUUGAUAUGUUGCUGGAGUGUUUGAAGCUGGGAUUUCCCCCUGGUGAAACCUUGCCUCCCUCAUACAAUGAGGCAAAGAAGUUCAGAGAGUCCUUGGGCUUUAGCUACGUCAAGUAUGAUGCAUGUCCUAAUGAUUGUAUGCUAUUUUGGAAAGACAAAAAGGACCUUGAUAAAUGUGAAAUUUGUCAAACAUCUAGGUAUAAAGAAUCUAAAUUGCGUUCCGAUGAUGAAAGUAUACAAGUAGCACAAAUUCCUGCUAAACAAGUGAGGCAUUUUUCUAUAAAGGCAAGCCUCCAAAGGCUUUUCAUGACUUCAGAAAUAGCUACACACAUGAGAUGGCACGCAGAUGAAUGCCCUGCUAAUGGGAGUUCAAGGCAUCCCGCUGAUUUGCUCGCAUGGAAAGCUUUGGAUGAAAGAUAUCCAAUGUUUGCUAGUGAUAGUCAAAAUGUUAGACUUGGAUUGGCAGCUGAUGGCUUUGAUCCAUACAGAACAAUGAACAAUGCUCAUAGCACCUGGCCCGUUGUAUUGAUGCCAUAUAACUUGCCUCCUUGGUUAUGCAUGAAGCAACCAUUUUUUAUUUUAGCUUUGCUUAUUGAUGGACCUUCUAUGCCUAGAAAUGACCUUGAUGUAUACUUGCAGCCUUUAAUUGAUGAGCUAAAAGAGCUAUGGUUUGAAGGCAUUCUUACAUAUGAUGCUUCAACUACACAAAUGUUUCAGUAGCAUGCGAAUUUAAUGUGGACUAUAAGUGAUCUUCCAGCGUAUGCUAACUUAUCUGGAUGGAGCACGAAAGGAGCUCUUGCUUGCCCUUGCUGUAAUACGGAGACCGAUUAUCGAUGGCCUAUCAAAAGUUUAUUUAUAUGGGCCAUAGAAGAUUUCUAGACCAAGGGCAUAGGUUCCGGCAAGAUGCAGUUUGUUUUGAUGGAACCAUUGAAUCAAAGCUAAUGCCUCCACACUUAUCUGGUGUUGACAUUUUCAAACAAGUGGAGUUCAUUGUGAAUAAGUUUGGAAAGGUUGAGAGAAAUAGGCUAGCAUCUCAUGUAUCUAAAAAGAGAAUAAAGAAUGUUGAAGAUGGAAGUAAUGUCGAGACUGGUGAAUGACAACAAAAAGAUAAUUGGGAAAAGAAAAGCAUCUUUUUUGAGUUACUGUAUUGGAUACAUAAUUUAAUUCGCCAUAAUCUCGAUGGCAUGCAUAUUGAUAAGAACGUUUGCGAGAAUAUACUUUGGACGAUAUUGGGUAUUGUAGGAAAAACAAAAGACAAUCUAAAUGCUCGUCAUGACCUUCAGAUCCUGGGUCUUCAUAUGGCGCUUCACCCACAACAAAGGGAAUGUGGCAAAGUCUUUUUACCCCCUGCUUGCUUCACGAUGAGCAAAGAGCAAAAAGACAUAUUCUGUAAGGUCCUAGCAGAUGUUAAAGUUCUUGAUGGUUACUCAUCAAAUAUUUCACGAUGUGUACAAGUUAAGAAUAGAAGUAUUACGGGGCUGAAGAGUCAUGAUUGUCAUAUUCUGAUGCAACAACUAUUGCCCUUGGCUAUGAGAAGAGCAUUGCCUUAGAAAGUUAGUGAAGUCAUAAUUGAACUUUGUAACUAUUUCCGCCAGCUAUGCUCAAAAGUACUACAUUCGAAUGACUUUGGGCC